AUGAGGAUUGGUGUGAGUGGGAGCCGCUGCCUGCAGCGAAGGGCAGCCCUGCCCCACGUCCCGGCUGCAGAGGAGGCGGCGGCUAAAGCGGCCCCGCUGGAGGAGGAGGACUGGCUGAUCGCUGCCCUGGCUCGCAAGAAAGCCCAAGCGCAGGCUAAGGCCCAGGAGAGGAAUGCCGAGGCCUCGGAGGCCCCAGGGGAAAGGCUGCAUCCCCGUCCUGCUGUCAGCUCUGUUCUAGGGGAUGAUUUCUUCAGCAAGCUCUCUGCAGAGGACAGCAAAGCUGCAGGGGGACCCAGGGCCUCUGCCACAGACGCGGAGAAUCUGCUGCAGAACCUGAAGGAUAUGGAUGACCUGGAAGCUGAUCUCCUGGGGAUAUCAAAGCCCAGUUCUGCAGCAGAGAAGACAACUGUGAAAGGUCCUGAGGAAUGGGGUUCCUUGGGAAAAGGACGAGCUAAAGGCCCAGGGAAGCUGUUAGCUCCUGAGAAAGAGAAGGAAGAUGUUUGGAAGAGGAAAGAUGAUGUAUCUGGCGAGUACAAGUCCUCGGUGGCCUCCACACCCAAGAGCCUGCUAGCGAGGAGGCGGUCUGUCAGGUUUUCCAGCGACAUGAGCAGCCAAGUGAAAGCAGAGCUGCACCCCAAAGCUGCUCCUGCAGGCAGCAGGCGCACGGUGCGGGGCAGAGGGGCUGGAGCCGACUGGCUGGGCUUGAAGGAUGAGGAUUGGUGUGAGUGGGAGCCGCUGCCUGCAGCGAAGGGCAGCCCUGCCGUGAGCCGCCCCAGCCCUGCCCCGGCCGCACGGCCUGGCCCCGCCAGCCACGUCCCGGCUGCAGAGGAGGCGGCGGCUAAAGCGGCCCCGCUGGAGGAGGAGGACUGGCUGAUCGCUGCCCUGGCUCGCAAGAAAGCCCAAGUGCAGGCAAAGGCCCAGGAGAGGAAUGCCGAGGCCUCGGAGGCCCCAGGGGAAAGGCUGCAUCCCCGUCCUGCUGUCAGCCAUCCAGCCGCCUCCACAGGAGCCCCACAGCAGGCAGCUGCCCUGCGGGACACAGCCAGUGCAGACAGCUCUGGGCAGCCGGUGCCCUGGCUCAGCACCACGAAAGGAGCCUCAGCUCAGGCGUCGGAGGCUGAGAAGGAGGAUCCCUCCGGAGACACCAGCGCCCUGGCCUCUACAGCCUUAUUGCCAGGAGAGCAGGAGGUGCAGGGCCCUGUCCCACUUGCUCAGGUUCCCACGCCCAGGACACGUCUCCAGGCUGCCCCACAGCUGCAGGCAGAGUCCUCAGGCCUGUGCUUGCUGCAUGAGGGGAGGCCGGGGCAUGGCACUGCCCAGCUCUGUGAGGAUGCAUCAGGCUGCCGGGCAGCUCUGGUCAGCGCCCAGGCCCGUGUGGCAGAGCUGGAGAGCCAGGUCCAGAUGCUGGAGGUGGAGCGGACGCAGCAGAGGCUGUUGCUGGAGAGUCUCCAGCAGCAGCACCAGAAGAACCUGGAUCUUCUCGAGAGCCCCUACAGGCGGCAAAUGAAGGUGUUGGAGGAGAGCCACGGGCGGCAGGAGGAGAGGCUGCGGCAGGAGCUGGAGCAGCUGAGGGCUCAGCUGCUGUCGCAGAGCCAGGACGCGGAGCAGGCGCAGGCAGAGCUGCGGGCACAGCACCAGCAGCAGCUGGCAGCACUGGAGCAGCAGCACACGCUGGAGGUGAAGCGGCUGCAAGAGCUGCAGAGGACGUCCAUCCAGGAGCUGCGCCAGGACUACGACGAGCAGCUGCGGCGGCUGCAGCGGCUGAAGGAUCAGGAGGUGGAUGCGGUGACCAGCGCCACGUCACACACCAGGUCUCUGAACGGCGUCAUCGAGCGGAUGGAGAAGUUCUCCAGUGGUCUGCACGAGCUCUGGCACAAGGUGGAGGCCAAGCACCACAGCACCUCCCAGGAGCUGGCCACGUGGGCACAGCAGCUCAGGGUGCUCCAAGACAGGAUGUUGCAGCAGCAGAAGGACAUGGAGGAGGAACAGAGACGACACCAGGACGUGAUUGCUAAAGUGGAGGCCAGGCUGAGCGAGCAGUCUCAGCAGCUGGAGCAGGAGCGCUGCAGGGCGCUGGCAGAGCAGUGCCAAGUGGGAUCUCUGCAGCGCUCGCUGGAGGAGCGGCAGCAAGUCCUGAGCCAGCAGCUCUCCAAGGAGCGAGCAGAGCUGGAGAGGGCCAAGAGCACUUUUCUGGCGGAGCAGCAGUUGGUGGUGCAGAAGUGCUCAGAGGAGUACCAGAAGCUGGCGACUGAGUGGGCUGAACUUCGUGCCCAGCAGCAGCAGAGCAGGGAGCUGGCAGAGCUGAAAGCCAAGGAGGAGCAGCUGGAGAAGGCCAGAGAGCUGCAGGAUAAGGCCUGGCAGAAGCUGAGGCUGGAGAAGGAGAGGGUGAAGGUGGCUGCGCAGCGCGUCCGGCAGCAGGAGGAGAAGGUGCAGAGCAGGGCCAAGCUCUCAUCUCAGAAGGACAAGAAGGGGCAGCGAGUGCUGCAGAAGGCUUGCAGGGGGGAGUGUGAGCACCCAAGGAGGCUGCAGGCCAUGCAGCAGCGCUUGAAGCAGCUGAGGCAGCAGGAACAGCACCUGCAGGAGGAGUGGCUGAGCACGGCUCUGAAGAGGAGACAGCUAGAAGAGCGAUGUGAGGAGCUGCCCAACAAGCCCAUGAUGCUGCUGACUGCAGACCAGGACCUCGGUGCCCCUGUGAACGGCCUCUCCAGCACACUGUUUCCCCUGACGACAGGGGCACCACAGAGCUGGAGUCUUGUUGCAGAGCCUCCAGCUCCUGUCAGGGUGCUCCCUCAGCACAGCCCUGGGGCUGGCAGGGACACCCUGGCCACAGCCAGCGGCACCGAGCUCAUUGACGCCACGCUGCUGCUGCUGAAGUUCAGGGCCCAGCAGGACCAUGGUUUCUUAGAGAAUGAGGAGUUCUACCUGGAGAGUCUGACAAAAUCAUCCUAUCACACAUCAGCUCGGUCACGAGGAUGGUGGUCAGCACAUCUCACACCAGCAAAACUGCAGCCACGUCUCCACCAACUGGUGACAAAGAAACCCAAGCUUUCUUAGGCAUUGUGGGCUUUUGGAGGCUGCACAUUCCCAACUGCUGUAAAUCCUCUCUAUCGAGUCACCUGGAAGAAAAACCAUGUCAAAUGGGGCUCUGAACAACGACAAGGCUUUCAACAAAUUAAACGAGAGGCUGCUCAGGUGGUGUCCCUUGGGCCAGUCUGAACAGGACCAGAUGUGACAAACAUGCUCUGCACUGCAGCUGGAGAGAAUGGCCCUACCUGGAGCCUCUGGCUAGAAGCACGUGGGGAGGCUGGAGGCUGAGCCCUGGGGUUCUUGAGUCAGGGAUGCAGAGGAUCCGAGGCCCGGUGUACUCCCACCAAGAAGGGGAGACUGGCAGCAGAUGAAGGAGUUUGAGCUGCCUCAGGAGUUGGCAUGGAAGCAGGACUGUUCUCAGCACCCAACUGCCAGUGCUGGGCUGGGUGUCCAAAGGGAGAGUCUCCUCCACACAUCAGGCGACUGAUGCCACAUGGAGUGAUGGGGUUGUGUUGAGCACUCAGUGAGCUCCUGUAGGAAACUGCAGUCACCCCAGCAUCCUGCACGUGAUCACCAACUGGCCAGAAGGCAAGAGCUCUGGACUACUGCCUGAGAAGGAGCUGGCAGAUGCUGAAGAGGCCCCACCAUGUACUAAGCUCUCAGCAGAUGAGAAGCAAAGUGUGUCGCUCACCGAUGGCUCCUGUUGUGCUGUGGGACAGCAUCGGAGCUGGAAGGUGGCUGUGGGGCGUCCCCUGUGACACGUGGCACAAGCUGCAGAAGGAGAGGGGCAUUGGAGUCAGUUGACAGAGGUGGGAGCCUCCCAGCUGGCUUUAGACAUCCCCCAAUGAGAAAAAUGGCCAAUAGUUUGUAGUGACUCGUGGCUGGUGGCAAAUGCUCUGUGGGGUGGCUGCAACCAUGGAGACAGAACAACUGGCAAUGCCAGGGCCACCCCAUCUGGGCUGCCUCAUUGAGGCCAGGCAUCGCUGCCCACCUGGAGAAGCUGGCUGUGAUGGUGUGCCACCGAGAUGCCACGUACCCAGGAACCAGGCCCCUGAAGAACAUGAGCACAAACAGGAGCCAGGAUGGCAGUGGCCCAGGUGUGUUGGGACUGGCAAUGGAAAUGUGAAUGUUUGUAGCUCGGGGGGCCCACGAUGCCUCAGGCCACCAAGGAAGAGAUGCAGCUCUAGAUGGGCUGUUGCACAGGUUGUCCAUGGAUGCGAGAUAUGCUGCCCUCAAACAAGCCAAGCGGUUGAAGUCUCUGUGCUCUGAAGGACAAUGGCUGAAAUACCAGUGCAGAGAGGCCUGGCAGAUGGACUCUAGCACACUCCCACACACUGAGGCGAGCACUAAGUGCUCACCGUGGUGGAAGCGACCACUGCAUGGCUGGAAACAGAUCCUGUGCCUCAUGCUACUGCCUGUUCCCAGAGAACCAACAUGGCACCAGAAAGGCUGCUGCAGGGGCAUGAAGAAAAUUUGGCCAUUGAAACGCCUGCAGCAGAGCCCAGGUUGGAAUGUGACGUUUCUGCAGCUUUGCAGGUGCCAAUAUCUGAACAGAGCCCUCCACUCCCCUCCUCCUCCGGAAGGAAAAAGGGCUGGGAGCCGAGUGCUGCCUCAGC